UAUGGCUUUAGUACCCAAAAGAGGCAUCUCUGCACUGGUUUCCCCCACAUUUGAAGCUGACAGAAUAGCGUCGUGUCUGUUGUUCAUUGCCCAUUCGGAGGCCAACCAUCAGGCCACCGUCUAUCUCCAAUUUUCCGUGUACAUUCGUGGCAUCGACCAAAAGCAGCCGUUCGAGCUCGUCUACGAUGCCGACAAUCUAGUGCCUGGCAAGACGCGCCUUGGUCCCGAAAACAAGGUACUUCCGUCCAGUCGGCUCGAGGAGAUUGCGCGGGACGGUCGCUGUCGCCUGCACUCGUUGUCACUCAGUCUCAAACAACCCUGCGUCGUCAAAUGUCCUCCCUGUUCCGACAGUAUAUCGCCCAAAGAUGCUGCAGAUCCUUGUUUCAGCCAGCUCGCGAAUCUCGCAAAGCAAACCGAGGUACACAUUCUGUUCGAUUACAGCUGGGUACAUGAGAGCAACAGGAUACGAUUUGAAAAUUUGAUCGGUCGCUUGGAAAAGUUUACCGGCACCCCGCGCGCGAACAAAGACACCGAUCAGAGUCGCUUUGGAGAUUGGACAGUGUUCACACCUGUACAAGAAGAAAUCGAAGCACCGCCUUCCUACGCUGAAGCAUCCCACAAACGUUCUCGGUCGCGCGGUUCAUCGACAGCCAAAUCACCACCUGAAUACGUAUCUCCGCCACCCAAACGUAUUCUUCUCCCGCCCUUUCCUUCGCCAACCGAGCUUGCUACGCCCAGUCCCAAGCUUCCUGGUUCGCCGCCCGCUAGAGCCCCCGAAUUCCAGCAAGCCGUCGAAGCCGAGGUGAAAAAAGUUCUCCCAGGCUUAUUGGAGGCUGCGGUGGCAGAUGUUGUCCGAUCCCUCCUGCGCACCAGUCCCUCGUUAGCUUCUGUGUCUUCACCGUCCCCUCCCGCUUCUACCGUCGCCCCGUCGCCUCCACGGUUGGACCGAAAACCUCCGCGUGCACUCACCUCGCGCAAUACCCUUCUUCUCUCACAGGCUAAACACCGUGUACAAACAUUCAUCGAUAAUACCGUCGAUGAUGUAACGUCAGCGCAAGCAAUUGCAAUCAACGAGCUUCGCGAAGAGGUCGAUGAUUAUAACGUGGAAAUCGCGCUCGCCAAGCAGGAUUAUAUUAUGGAGCUUGAAACAUUGUACAAUUCCAAGCUAGAAGAAUUACGAGAUAUAGCAACGGAUGUCAUCACCGAAGUGGACGAGCACGUUGCUGACGUGUACUCUGACUUGCGGCACUGGACGAAGCGAGAUCUACUGAGCGGCACUGGCAGGAAGAUCGGCAGAGGUAGUGCCGAGAAGGUCAAUGAUGAUAAUGGUGGGUUAGCCACGAAAAGGCCUGUACGGGCUACUUCGUUCCCGUUAUAG